AUGUCAAAAACGUAACACCCAGGUCACGUCAUACGCAGCCUAAAAACGUCACUAGCUACUUUCCUUCCUGGGAAUUAAAGUGCUAUCUGCUCAUAAUGGUGAAAUUUGGAUUGCAGUUUAAAGCUACUCUGGAAAACAUUACAAACCUUAGACCUGUUGGGGACGAUUUUCGUUGGUUUCUAAAGCUAAAAUGUGGAAAUUGUGGUGAGGUGUCUGAUCGGUGGCAGUAUAUCACGUUAAUGGACAGUGUACCCCUUAAAGGUGGACGUGGUAGUGCCAGCAUGGUACAGAAGUGUAAACUGUGCUCCAGAGAGAACUCAAUUGAUAUCUUGAGGGAUACAAUGAAGCCUUAUAAUGCUGAAGACAAUGAACAGUUUAAAACUAUAGUGCAGUUUGAAUGUCGAGGGCUUGAACCUGUUGAUUUUCAACCCCAGGCUGGUUUUGCUGCAGAAGGGGCAGAGUCUGGAACACGCUUUAAUGAAAUUAAUCUACAAGAAAAGGAUUGGAAUGAUUAUGAUGAAAAGGUGAAAGAAUCAGUUGGGAUAUAUGAGGUUACCCAUCGGUUUGUGAAAUGCUGACACUGUCCAAGAGAUGAAUCAUUUUGGAAUGAUGAUGCACCAUUACAUGGAUCUAGUGUAAAAGUCAGUAUAGAUCUGGACUGCACUACAAGCCACCUGUCAUAAAAUAUGGUUUACUUUCCUAGUGACAUUGUGUAAAUACCAUUUACCUGAAACAGUAAAUGUCUUUGAACUCAGUUGUGCAUAGCAAAUGAAAGGAGUAAAGAACUUUAUUGAAGAA